CCUCGCAACUUCUCCGCGUUAUCCGUGUUUCAUAGUAUCAUACUUGUUGAAAUGGCAGAACAAAAUAACAAUUCUGAUAAACUUACUUUCAAAGUGAAGCAUUUGGAUGAAUAUCAUGAGAUAGUUAUUGAUCCAAAUGAUGAAAGAUAUGAAGACAAACACCAACAAUUAUUUGAACAGUUGGAAUCAAUAACAGGAGUUCCAAGUAGAUAUACAACUGAAUUCAUUUUACGUAGAAACAUGAACCCUUCCGACGUUAACAAUACUGAACGGUAUCUGUGGUCUUUUUACAACCAAAAAGCCUUCGCUCCUGAUAUACGGAGAUUCUCUACAUAUCGAGAUAUCUUCAGUCUAAAUAUUCGUGAUGGUGAGCGCUUUCAUCUCCAAUAUUUUAUUUCUUAUGGGCAAUGGACUUCUAAACGUAUAAGUAUGCGUUAUGCGCUAGUGGAAGAAAGAGACGUUCCUGAAGUAGGCUGCAUUCAAGGUUAUUGUCAUUCUAGAUGCACUGAACCUUACUUUAAAAGGUUGAAAGAUCUUGUUAAUAAUGAUGCAAUGAAUGCAAAAAUUACUCAGCUUGUCCAGCCACUAUUUGAAUCGGGAAAUUCAGCGGAAGUUUACAAGAUUUUCAGAGAUUUCAAUAUUAAACAAUAUUUAUAUCCCUCUUGUGAUGAGGGUUAUAGGCGGAGACUUGCAGUGAAUGGUCAUGCACACCAAAUUGAUCUUUAUUCAAGAACUCGAGGUUAAACCCGUCUGGUAUCUACCUGUGGUGAAUGAGCCUUGUUUCAAUUUUACUCAAUAAACUGAGUUGAGAGUUUAAACUUU